AUGACGGCUGACGAGAGAAAUCUCACGAUAAGACGCGGCCAAUUAAAAGGCACGGUGACGAGAUUCUUGACUUACCUACAAAGUGAAGAGUUGGAUCCAAAUCAAGUAUCAUUAAGAAGGGAAAAAAUCGAAGAAGUUUGGCAUGAAUUUGACCAAAUUCAAACGGCACUGGAACAGACAGAGAAUUUAAACGAAAGCACAGCGUAUCGUAAGGAGUUCGAAGAUCUAUACUUUAAGGCUAUAGUAGAAGCAAAUACAAUUGUAUCACCAGGAAUGGUAAAAGAGAAUACCUCAGAACGAGGAAGUAUGGCGAUAGCGAGCGAAAGAAGUAUAGGGAGAAACAGUAUGGCGCCUCAAGUGAAAUUAGCAGCAUUAAAAGUACCUGUUUUUAAUGGGGAUUAUUUAGAGUGGGCGUCGUUUUAUGACACAUUUACGGCAUUGGUACAUACACACCAGGACCUAUUGCCCGUAUCGAAGUUUUUUCAUUUGCGCGAAGCGCUAUCAGGAGAGGCAUUGAACUCGAUAAGAAGUUUGGAGACCACUGCAAAGAAUUAUGAAAAAGCGUGGAGCAUUCUGUGUGCUAGGUAUAAUAAUAAAAAAGUGCGAAUACAAGCUCAUGUGCGGGCAAUAUUUGAUUUGGAUGCGCUGCAGAGUGACUCAGCAAUAAAACUUAGAUGUUUUUUCGAUGCGUUGUCAGGUCACAUGCGAGCUCUAGAGGCGUUAGAGCAAGAACCGGAAAGUUGGGGCCCGUUAUUAAUGCACUUAAUUAGUACCAAAUUAGACAAAAAAACGUUACAAGAGUGGGAGGCGGGCAGUCCUAAAGACAGGAUUGCUGAAGUUUCAGAGAUAAUGCAAUUCCUGGAAAAUCGAUUUAAAAUAUUAGAAGCCAUCGAAUCAGCGAAAAACGUACAUAGUAGUACGCGAGGUGCUAUUAGUAACGGAUCGACAGGGCUAGGCAAAUCGAAUAAAUAUAAUAAUCAAUUUUCGUCUUUAAUGAUAAGUGCGGGUUUAAAAUGUUACGUGUGUCAGUUGCCACACACUAUCUAUAAAUGUCCAACGUUAAUUGCCUUACCGAUAAAAGAGAGAAUAAAUAAAGUAACUGAAUUAAAAUUAUGUAAGAUUUGUUUACGUCAGCACGAAAAUAAAAAGUGUUUUGCGAAAUAUUGCUUCAAGUGUUCGAAACCACAUAAUACAUUGUUGCAUUUAGCGCAAAUUAAGAAUGCAGAACAAGGUAACAAAAAUUCAACUGAAAAUGCAGAAGGGAGCACGUCGGCGGCAUCGUCAUCAAUAAGUGCGCAUACGCUGGUACAAAAUGACGAACAGGUAUUAUUAUCAACAGCGGUGGUGCAUAUACACAAUGCUAGCGGUGAAAAAGUCGAAUGCCGUAUAUUGUUAGAUUCCGGCUCACAGUGUAAUUUAAUUACCGAAAAUAUGGUUCAAAAUAUAAGAUUAAAAAGGUAUCAAGUGCAGCACACAGUAAUGGGUAUCGGUGGGAUAACACAACCGGUUACGAGGGCUGUAAAUGUUUCAAUUACAUCGCGAUAUAAUAGUUUCAAUUUAAUAUUGACCUGCCUAGUCGUACAAAAGAUCGCACAUUGUAUGCCUAAUUAUGAGGUGGAAAAUUGCGUAUCUCCCAACGAUAUAAAUCUCGCAGACCCGUUAUUUAGACGUCCGCAAAAAAUAGAUUUGUUACUAGGGAACAAACAUUUCUUCGAAAUAAUAUGCGCCGGCCAAAUUAAACAGCACAUUGCCGGACCGAUAUUUCAGGAAACACGUUUCGGCUGGGUGGUAGCUGGACCGGUCUUAAGAAAGAGCUGUAAGGGUACCAAGGACGUAAGUAGCGUAACACACAUCGCGUGUGUGGACAAUGACACGCAUUUUGAAAAUUUGAUAUCAAAGUUUUGGCGUAUAGAAAAAUUGGAGACGGACCCACCUUUAACAUUAGAAGAAAAAAUGUGUAGGAGUCAUUUUGACAAAACAGUCCGACGGGACAAGAACGGACGUUUUAUUAUCCGUUUGCCGUUUAAAAAUACAAAUAACGCGUCCGCAUUAGGAAAAUCGUAUCAGAUCGCAAGGCGUCGAUGGGCGGCGACCGAGAAUAGACUACGAAAGAAUAUACCUCUACGCGAAGCAUACACGCAAUUUAUGCACGAAUAUGAAGCGUUAGGCCAUAUGGAACGAGUAAUUGAAGAAGAGGGCGAGGAAGAGGAAAAAGGUUGCUAUUUGCCACAUCACGCGGUAAUAAAUGAAAAUAGCACGACGACCAAGGUGAGGGUGGUGUUUGACGCAUCCUGUAAGACAGAAUCUGGCAACAGCUUGAACGAUUUAUUAUUAAAAGGGCCAGUUUUGCAGGACGAACUAUUAUACAUACUGGCGCGUUUCCGUACCUAUAAUUACGUAUUAUCAGCGGACAUUACAAAAAUGUACCGACAAAUUAAGGUAGCUAACGAAGAUUGUAACUAUCAGCGGAUAUUGUGGCGAGCCGAUCCAAAAAUGCCAAUACAAGUUUAUCGUCUUACCACAUUAACUUACGGUACGGUACCUGCAGCUUUCAUAGCAACAGCUUGUUUAAAAAAAUUAGCUGAGACAGGAAACGAUUACCUACGUGCACGUGAAUCCAUAAAAAGGGAUUUUUAUAUGGAUGACUAUUUGAGUGGCGCGUCAACAAAAGAAGAAGCUAUAAGUUUAAAACAUGAAGUACUGGCAAUAUUAGGGCAAGCGGGUUUCGAGCUACGGAAGUGGUCGUCCAAUGACCCUAGUAUUAUAAAUAGUAAUAUGUCGGUCGGUGACAAAGGUGCGGGUAACGACGUGCGUGUUUUCGAUUGUGCGAUAACAAAAAUACUAGGCCUAUUCUGGGAACCGAGCGACGACGUAUUACGGUAUAAAGUAAGCGAAUACGUUGAAAAUACGGAAAUUAUUAACAAACGAAAGAUAUUGUCCGAAAUAGCUACAAUAUUCGACCCCCUCGGUUUAGUAGGUCCAGUGGUAAUAGUAGCUAAAUUAUUUAUGCAAAAUUUAUGGCAGUUGCGUGUAAGCUGGGACGAACAAUUACCGAAAAACGUAUCCGACGAAUGGCUACAAUACAAAAAAUGUUUGCCGCGACUAAAUAAACUAGUAAUUCCGCGUAUGAUUAUUAGUAAACAUAAAAUUAUAAACAUUCAAAUUCACGGAUUUGCUGAUGCAUCGACAAAGGCUUAUGGCGCAUGUUUGUAUUUACGUAGUACGGAUGAAGUAGGUACGCACACAGUGAGACUUAUAUGCGCCAAAUCUAAGGUCGCACCGUUAAAAACGAUAUCAUUACCGAGACUAGAACUAUGUGCUGCGUUACUAUUGGCGCGUAUGCAGCAUCGUGUAAUUCCAAAAUUACGACUAGAAAUAGAGAGAAAAUAUUUUUGGUCGGAUUCUACUAUUGCUCUUGCUUGGAUCGCGUCACCGUCCACCAGGUGGAAAACAUUUGUUGCCCACAGGGUUGGAGAGAUUCAGGAUUUAUCCUGCACUA